UGUUUGUGUUACUCGUCACUGUUUUACCAGUGGACGGAUUGCUAUGUGGCCAGGAUAUUAUACAGUAUUACAUGCCAACAUUUGUUCAUGUUUAUUUGUAAAAUUGCAAAGUUGAGGUACACGAUGGCUUUUGAAGCGUAUGUCGGACUUCCUUUCCCACAAUGCAACAGGAUGUCAUCUUCCGAAACACUUAGCUUGCACUUUUUUUUGGGAGGGCAUUGUUUCAGACAAGCGUUGACGAGGAUUGUAGUUCAAGGCUGUGAUAUGUUUUGAGCUGCUGCUUGCUUGAGACGAGUGGAACCUGUCUAGCUACGACGUUGUGAUACUAAUGGAGAAGUGGAACCACGACACACGUGUCAACAAAAGACACGAAAACGGAAGUUUGGAGCCAGUGGUGAACAUGUUUUGAGACCUAAGUGGCAAGUUUCACCAGGUGUUUUAUGUAAAUUUGUAUUUUGUUUUUGCUUUCGUAAGCAGCAGCUGUUGUCUUCCGUGCUUUGUGGAGAAAAGCAAGCAAGGAAGGACUUUUGGUCACGAGUGAGGCACUCCUAAUCGUAGUUUGGUUAUUCAUAUUUGCAUUGCUUUGAGGCGUUUAAGAGUUCCUUGGUCUAGUAAUCAUUUGGUUAUCGAGGAGGAGGAUCUAAAGUUGACACCCGAGCUCCUCCUCACUGUAUGAUGGAGCACUGAAGCAGCGCUUUUCCUUUUUUUUUUUUUUUUUUUUUUUUUUUUAAGGGUUUCAUCAAAAGUUACUUCGGGUUAGUUCAGCGUGUUGGGUACCCACAAUGUCAUCUUUCACGCUGAAUUAAUUAUAUCGCUUAAUGCAGCAGAUUUCGUGAACGCUUAGCAAGUUGGGCUGUGCGGUUUUUUGUUGUUGUUGUAACUAUUGUGCAUGUGUAAAUACGACAAGGACAGAUCUGUAAAUUGCAAAUAAAGACACUUUAAUCAGCAGUCCAGGUCAUCAUGGAGCCGUGUGUCCCAGUCGAUAGCGAGAGGACUCUGUCAGUCUGCCGGCGCCUGUGUUACGCCGUCGGGCAUUUCCUCAAUGACUUGUGCGCCUCGAUGUGGUUCAGCUAUCUGCUGGUCUACCUGCACUCGGUCCUGGGCCUCCAGAGCACCUUUGCGGGCGUGCUGCUGCUCAUCGGCCAGCUCGCAGACGGAGUGUGCACUCCUCUCAUUGGGUACGAAUCCGACAGAUCUCCCGGCAGGAGGUACGGCAAGAGAAAAAGCUGGCAUUUGUUAGGAACCAUCUGUGUUAUCGUAUCUUUCCCCUUCAUUUUCAACCCCUGCCUGGCCUGCUCGGCAAGCACUCCCCAAUGGGCCAAGAUCAUCUACUUCGCCCCCUUCAUCAUCAUCUUCCAGUUUGGAUGGGCGGCAACUCAGAUCUCACACCUCUCCCUCAUUCCCGAGCUGGUGUCCAGUGAGAGCGGCAAGGUGGAGCUCACCGCGUACAGGUAUGCCUUCACUGUGGUGGCCAACAUCACAGUGUAUGCUGUGGCCUGGGUGCUUUUUCACUUCCUGUCUCAAGAGGACAUCACAGACAACCUGGGCCAGGCAGACAUUCCUCUGUUUAGGAUGCUGGCUCUCAUUGUACUGGGGGUUGGAGCAGUGUUCUCGCUCAUAUUCCACAUUGGCACAAAGGAGAACUCAGGAGAGGAUCUGCUGCUCAGACCUUCGUCUGAUCAGGAAGCACUGUCGGUUCGAGUGUUGCAGUGGAAACACUGGCUUAAAGAGCCUUCUUUUUACCAGGUGGCCUUCGUCUACAUGUGCACUAGACUGAUAGUUAACCUAUCCCAGUCGUACAUCACGGUUUACAUCACCAACUCACUGUUGCUACCAAAGAACUUCAUUGCCAUCAUACCGCUUGUGAUGUAUGUCAGCGGUUUCGUUAGCUCGCUGGUCAUGAAGCCAAUCAGCAAGCUUGUAGGCAUCAGUAUGAUGUAUUUUGUCGGUCUGCUAUUGGUGAUCGGCUUUGCCCUCUGGGUGAUUUUUGACAAGAACAUGGGAGCUGAAAGUAUCUAUGGUGCGGCUGUGCUGCUCGGAGCUGGCUCAGCUAUCAUCCUGGUCAUGUCUCUCUCUAUGACCGCCAAACUCAUCGGGGCGCAAACACAAAGUGGGGCUUUUGUUUAUGGUUCAAUGAGCUUCACAGACAAGGUGGCCAAUGGCGUGGGUGUCAUUAUUAUCCAGAGCAUCAGACCGUGCAGCUAGAUCAGAGGCAUUGGGGCAAGGAUUUAGGUGACAGAUGAUGAACACUGGGCCAGUGUGGUGAAGGACACCGAGCCACCCGAAUAGCAGGAAAUUAUUUAAAUAUCAACUGUAACAGGUCACUUCAAAACCCGGAUACAGAGCAGUUAACUUCACCGUUGAGUUUGGAGAUCGGAAUUUGUCUUGGGGCAAAGUCAUGUAAUGCUCCGUAAUCUGCAGGUAGCAGGCCAGGGACGCUCACACUUCAUUGUUGUCUUAAUCCGCAAUUGGGGAAACUCACACUUUGUUGUCUAUGUACCAGAAUCCCAAACAGCCAUGGGGACAGGCAAACAAACGUGCUCAGGCAGAAGUCGUGGUUGGAGGCAGAAGACGGAGGUGAUUCACGGGGUAGUGUUGUAGCAUCUUUCAUGGAUGUGUCGAAAAUUCAGAUGAUGAGUAGUUGCUGUUAAGAGAUGUGCUGAGGCUUCGGCGCAUAUAUCGUGGAGGAGACUGUUCAGCAAAGCAUGUAUCGGGGCUUGCUUCAUUUAGGGGAGGGGCCAGAAAUGAUGAGGUCCCAAGACUCUCUGCCCGGCUGUACCACGUGAUCGAUUUGGGAAGUGCUUCAGAUUUUGCUGCUGCGAGGUUUGACAGCAAUAUCAAUAAUAUUGUUUUUUUUGUUUUUUUACACAGCUGUAUCUUCUUUACCAUGUGAAAGGGUGUUUUCAAAGGCUGGUGAGAGGUUGUGUUAAAAACAAAUAAUAAAAACCAAAAACUGUCCAGAAACCAUUCUUUUUCAAUUAAAAUUCAUACAUUAUCCUCUCUUCUAAUCAUAAUUUUCCAAGUUACAUAAGCAUAUUAAUCUCCUCUUCCUGGUUCCAUCAGCACUUUCGCUGUUCUAUGCCUGCUCAUGCCACUUUCCAAAUGUGACAGAAAAACUAUGCAAUAUGCUCUGUCAUAUGAUACUACUACUUUGGAAAAAUGUAUGCACACAGAAUAUGUUCCUAAAACAUUUUACUGUCCAGUUUAUCUCGAGGCAUUAUUUGGUCAUACAUACUUUUGUAAUUCCUAAGUGCCAAAACGGAUGCAAACAUUCAAUGCAUCACACAUUUAAGAGGUUAAGAUGCAGCUGCCUGUGAUUAUACACAUGGCCAGCAGGUGGUUUCGUGUAUACAUGCCGCUUUGAGAAAUAAAAGCCUUUAUCGAACCAAUUGGCACAAGUGGUAGAAUGCCACAUGAUGGUUCAUCUCACCAUCACUAACAAGCAAAGUUAUAACUCUGUGGGUGUGGCUUACUGGCAGUGGUGGGCGUGAGAGAGAGUGGGUGCUCCUGGUUUGUAGGGACAAGCGAUAUUGAGCAAUUGAUCAGGAAGUCAUACAGACACCUAAGUGCUGGUGGAUGAAAGGGUAAUCUUGUUGACUAGUUUUAAUAUGUAGAUUAGUUUGAAUUGGUCAGUGUGGGAGGGGUUCACUAUUCGUAAGGAUGUUGAUUAUUCUAGUGUCCUCGGAGAUGCCCAACUGUCUUAUUUGUCAUUCUCUCUCUUUUUCUCAU